AUUUUACAGAGGUCCGAUCCAAGAUGGCGUCGUAAAAACCCUGGUUUGUUUUCCACGGUGCAAAGUAUGUUUAAGUGCAUUAAUCGCACAGCCCAGUUGAUCCUGUUGACGUCCUUGCAUGUGUUCAGAUAUCACCACUCCGUAAGCGAUUUCCUUUUCCUCGGACGAACCCUCAGUUUGUGCAGGUUUGUGUCGGCCCUGCCCCUCAGAAUGACUGACCCAGCCGUGAAGAGGGUGGUGACUGAUAUCAUCCGCUCUCCUGAAGACAAGCGAGAGUACCGAGCGCUGGAGUUCACCAAUGGACUAAAGGCUAUGCUCAUUAGUGACCCCACCACAGACAAGUCCUCCGCAGCUUUAGAUGUUCACAUAGGUUCCUUAUCGGACCCUUCAAACAUCUCAGGCCUAGCGCACUUUUGUGAACACAUGUUGUUUUUGGGGACUCAGAAAUAUCCGAAGGAGAAUGAGUACAGUCAGUUUCUGAGUGAACACGCAGGAAGCUCAAAUGCCUUCACCAGCGGAGAACACACAAACUACUACUUUGACGUAUCCCACGAGCACUUGCAAGGAGCACUAGACCGGUUUGCCCAGUUUUUCCUGUGCCCUCUGUUCGAUGAGAGCUGUAAGGAUCGAGAGGUGAAUGCUGUGGAUUCAGAGCAUGAGAAAAACCUGAUGAACGAUGCAUGGAGGCUCUUUCAGCUGGAGAAGGCCACAGGGAACCCCAACCAUCCCUUCAGCAAGUUUGGGACAGGAAACAAGCUGACCCUUGAAACCAGACCAUGUAAAGAAGGCAUCGACAUCAGACAAGAGCUGCUGAAAUUCCACUCCAUGUUUUAUUCCUCCAACCUCAUGGGGCUCUGCGUUUUAGGAAGAGAGUCUUUAGAUGAGUUAACUGCGAUGGUGGUGAAUCUAUUUGGAGAAGUUGAGAACAAGAAUGUCCCAGUUCCCGAAUUCCCUGAGCAUCCGUUUCAGGAGGAGCACCUCAGGCAAUUCUACAAAGUGGUGCCAAUCAAAGACAUCAGAAACCUGUAUGUGACAUUCCCGAUCCCAGACCUACAGAAGUAUUACAAGUCCAACCCAGGACAUUACCUGGGUCACCUGAUCGGACACGAGGGCCCGGGAAGUUUACUGUCAGAGCUCAAGUCUAAAGGCUGGGUGAACACACUUGUCGGGGGCCAGAAAGAAGGAGCCAGAGGUUUCAUGUUUUUCAUCAUCAAUGUUGACCUAACUGAGGAGGGGCUUUUGCACGUAGAGGACAUCAUCUUCCACAUGUUCCAGUACAUUCAGAAGCUGAGGACGGAGGGACCACAGGAGUGGGUUUUUGAGGAGUGUAAGGAUCUGAACAAAGUUGCGUUCAGGUUCAAAGACAAAGAGCGUCCUCGGGGAUACACGUCUAAAGUGGCCGGGCUGUUACACUACUACCCUCUUGAAGAAGUCCUGGCUGCUGAGUAUCUUUUGGAGGAUUUCAGACCAGACUUGAUUGAGAUGGUUUUGGACAAACUCAGACCAGAGCACGUCAGAGUGGCGGUGGUGUCAAAGUCGUUCGAGGGUCAGACGGAUAAAACAGAAGAGUGGUAUGGCACGCAAUACAAACAAGAAGCUAUUUCAGAUGAGACCAUCAUGAAAUGGGCAAAUGCAGACCUGAACGGAAAGUUUAAACUGCCCAUGCGAAAUGAGUUCAUCCCGACAAACUUUGAGAUCUACCCUCUGGAGAAGGACGCACCCUCCGUCCCCAAUCUAAUCAAGGACACGGCGAUGAGCAAAGUCUGGUUCAAACAAGACGACAAGUUUUUCCUGCCAAAGGCCUGUCUCAAUUUUGAGUUCUUCAGCCCCUUUGCGUAUGUGGAUCCAUUGCAUUGUAACAUGGCUUAUUUAUACCUGGAGCUCCUCAAGGACUCCCUCAACGAGUAUGCAUAUGCAGCCGAGCUAGCCGGCCUCAACUAUGACCUCCAAAAUACCGUCUAUGGGAUGUAUCUGUCAGUAAAAGGUUACAAUGACAAACAGCACAUCCUCCUGAAGAAGAUUAUUGAGAAAAUGGCCACAUUCGAGAUUGACGAGAGACGUUUUGACAUCAUCAAAGAAGCGUACAUGAGGUCUCUGAAUAACUUCCGGGCAGAGCAGCCUCAUCAGCACGCCAUGUACUACCUUCGUCUGCUCAUGACCGAGGUGGCCUGGACCAAAGACGAACUCAGAGACGCCCUUGACGAUGUAACUCUUCCUCGACUGAAAGCGUUCAUUCCUCAGCUCCUCUCUCGGCUACACAUCGAAGCACUCAUACAUGGAAACAUCUUAAAGGAGUCUGCUCUGGGAAUGAUGCAGAUGGUGGAGGACACUCUGAUCGAACACGCUCACACCAAACCUCUGCUCCCGAGUCAGCUCAUCCGCUACAGGGAGGUGCAGGUCCCAGAUGGUGGGUGGUACGUGUAUCAGCAGAGGAACGAGGUGCAUAAUAACUGUGGCAUAGAGAUCUACUAUCAGACAGACGUGCAGACCACCCACGAUAACAUGCUGCUGGAGCUCUUCUGUCAGAUCAUCUCUGAGCCCUGCUUCAACACACUGAGAACCAAAGAGCAACUCGGUUACAUCGUGUUCAGCGGUCCCAGACGAGCCAAUGGUGUACAGGGCCUGAGGUUCAUUAUCCAAUCAGAGAAGGCACCUCACUACCUGGAGAGCCGUGUGGAGGCGUUCCUGUGCACCAUGGAGAAGGCAGUGGAGGAGAUGAGUGAGGAGGCCUUCCAGAAGCACAUCCAGGCCUUAGCCAUCCGCAGACUGGACAAGCCCAAGAAACUGUCCGCCGAGUGUGCCAAGUACUGGGGAGAGAUCAUCUCACAGCAGUACAACUUUGACAGAGAUAACAUUGAAGUGGCCUACCUGAAGACACUGACGAAAGAGCACAUUAUGAACUUUUACAGAGACAGACUGAGAGUAGAGGCUCCAAAAAGACACAAGGUUUCAGUGCACGUCUUGUCCAGAGAGAUGGACACAUGUCCAAUCGUGGGUGAAUUCCCUUCACAAAAUGAUGUCAACCUGUCUCCUGCCCCUUCUCUGCCUCAGCCCAUUCUGGUGCAAGACAUGACUGAAUUCAAGAGGAGCCUGCCUUUGUUCCCUUUGGCAAAACCUCACAUCAACUUCAUGGCAGCCAAACUGUGAGGUGCACCUGAAUCCACAAUAUACCGGGACAGUACAGGGACACUAGGGGGGCACCCACAGCACCCUUUGUUCCCCUCUCUUACCCCUUAACGACACCCCUUUAAAUCUGACCGAACCUGCAUUAGAUUGUGCAUGUAAGGCAGGCUCCUAUAGGACUCAAUGGGGGUACAAAAACCUAUGUAUUUCAAAUCACAGAGCUAGUUUGUGCUAACGGUAGCUAGCCACUCCACUUCACAAUAGAGUAACUAGCAAACAGGGCAAAACAACUUGUCCCUUCAUGAGUACAUAGCGUUAAAAUCCAAUCACUCAAAUAUUGCUGCUUUUUGAAUUAGUUUUUUAAAUAGAAAAAAAUGUCAAUUAAUGAAGACAGAUGGAGAAUUGUAAUGGACAUUUGAAUGGCAAAAAGUACCCAAUAUUUUUUUCAAGCGUAUGCAUUUGUGAAGGACAUUGCCUUAUAUUUAUGGUUUUAAAGUUAAAGCUAGCAGGAUGUAUGUUGAAUUCUAUGAGCUGGUAAAAUGUUGGGAUACUUUGAGGAGCAAUUUUAAAAUAAUUUUCCAAAUAUUAAUUAAAGAAGGGGUAUUAU